UUAACGUUGUGGCAUAUUAACAAGCAAAUUUAGGCUUUUGCUCAACCCAGCAAAAGGAAGGCCACUCAACUAAUUAGAGGGUGAAAUACCCUGGACGUCCAUUUGUGUUGGUGUCAGAGCCUUAUCUCUCUUCCUCACGGGCUACCUGCUUCCGUGUCUGUACUAUGCAAUGGGUACACAAGAGGUGGAGACUCAAGUUUCUGAAUAUCUUUGUAUGUGCCUGAGCCCAGAGAGGUUCAUUUCACUGUGGGGACAGUUGUCCAUCUCUCGGGGACACUUCCCUCCGUUAGGCCUCGAAAUUUAAUCGAAGGCAGUUGAGUUGCUUUUGGGAGGUGUGUGGAAAUAGGCCCUACACCACAGGGACUGGCUUUAGGGUGUCUGUAUUGGGAGCGAGCGGCAGGUGAAGAAAACUGCCAAAGUCAGAGCAACUCAUUUCUUCUUCUCUUCUUUCCCCAACCCCCCACCCCAUGAAAAUGUCCAUGGCAGGGAAUUGCGUGGUUUCUCAGACAGAUUCUUAAAAAAUAGAACCCCGCAAGAGAGCCCCUUUGUGAGAGCCGUUUGUCCUCAUUAGCAUAAUUUUCCUGGACUUUAGUGACGCCUAGGAAGGAGAGGGAGGGCGUGGGGUGGGGGAGGCCGCCCUCCUCCCGCUGCCGCCGAGCUCGCUCUGCUCCGGUUCCUCCCCUCGCCUCAGCCCCAUCCCCCACGCCGGCGCUUCCCUAGCCGCUCUGCUCUCCCCUCCCGCCCGCCCCGGCACCCCUUACCGCACCCCCCGACCGACCCCUGCUCGGCGCAGUAUUCAUAAGAAACAUACCCAAGUCGGUGCCACUAGCCCCGCGGAGCCCGGCCGCGCCAGCGCUUAUCUGGGGCCGCGGCCGCGGGCAGGGCGGGGGCGGGCGUGGGGGGAGGGGAGGGGAGGGGGUCCAGCCGCCCCAGUCCGCCGGGGGCCAGCCGCCGGAGCAGCUAGCGGUCCGCCUCUCCGCCGAGUCCCGGCCUUGGGGUCUCCCGCCCGCACGCCCGCCCGCACGCCGGCUCGGCGGAUGCUGAGGGUCGGUGGCCAUCCCGCGCCGAGGGGACCCGGGGCCGCAGCCUGAGCCCGAGCCCGCGGCGGCCGUCAGAAGUUAAGGUCUGCGCGCGGCGGCCAUUGGCGGCGGAGUGUCACGUGACUGCGGGGGCGUGCCAAUGUGCUCCCUUACGGGUGUCAAGCCCUUGUCAGAGAGUGUGAUCACGAUCGUGAAACAUCGCGAUGCAAAAAGCGACCUACUACGACAGCUCGGCGAUCUACGGUGGCUACCCCUACCAAGCAGCCAAUGGGUUCGCUUACAAUGCCAGUCAGCAGCCAUACGCGCCGUCCGCCACUCUAGGCACGGAUGGUGUUGAGUACCAUCGACCCGCCUGCUCCCUCCAGUCUCCCGCCAGCGCUGGGGCCCACCCCAAAAGUCAUGAGCUGAGCGAAGCUUGUCUGCGCACCCUGAGCGGGCCUCCUAGCCAGCCCCCAGGCCUGGGUGAUCCACCUUUGCCUCCACCUCCUCCCCAGGCAGCGCCCCCAGCCCCCCAGCCUCCACAGCCCCCACCACAGCCCCCUGCACCCACCCCUGCAGCUCCUCCGCCUCCCUCAUCUGUCUCUCCCCCUCAAAGUGCCAACAGCAACCCUACCCCUGCCAGCACAGCCAAGAGCCCCCUGCUCAACUCUCCCACCGUGGGCAAACAAAUCUUUCCCUGGAUGAAAGAGUCAAGGCAGAACACUAAGCAGAAAACCAGCGGCUCCAGCUCAGGGGAGAGCUGCGCUGGUGACAAGAGCCCGCCUGGGCAGGCUUCGUCCAAGCGCGCGCGCACGGCGUACACGAGCGCGCAGCUGGUGGAGCUGGAGAAGGAGUUCCACUUCAACCGCUACCUAUGCCGGCCGCGCCGAGUGGAGAUGGCCAACCUGCUGAACCUCACCGAGCGCCAGAUCAAGAUCUGGUUCCAGAACCGCCGCAUGAAGUACAAGAAGGACCAGAAGGGCAAAGGCAUGCUGACUUCGUCUGGGGGCCAGUCCCCAAGUCGUAGCCCUGUGCCUCCCGGUGCAGGAGGCUAUCUGAAUUCUAUGCAUUCGCUGGUCAACAGUGUCCCAUAUGAGCCCCAGUCACCCCCUCCUUUCUCCAAGCCCCCCCAAGGCGCCUAUGGGUUGCCUCCGGCCUCCUACCCUGCUCCCCUGCCCAGCUGCGCUCCCCCACCUCCCCCACAGAAACGCUACACAGCGGCGGGGUCAGGCGCAGGGGGCACCCCUGAGUACGACCCACAUGCUCACGGCCUGCAGGGCAACGGCAGCUAUGGGACCCCACACUUACAGGGAAGCCCCGUCUUCGUAGGGGGCAGCUAUGUGGAGCCCAUGAACAACUCUGGGCCAGCACUCUUUGGCCUAACUCACCUCCCCCACACCACCUCGGCUGCCAUGGACUACGGGGGCACUGGGCCGCUGGGCAGCGGUCACCACCAUGGGCCUGGGCCUGGGGAGCCACACCCCACCUACACGGACCUUACUGCCCACCAUCCUUCUCAGGGAAGAAUUCAGGAAGCGCCCAAGCUCACCCACCUGUGAUGAUGGGCUGGGGCUGCAAGCCAGGAGAGUUGCCCACCCAACCUUCUUUGGUUUCUUUUUCCUCUUUUGUUUUGUUUUGUUUUAUGUUCUUCUCGCCUUUCCCCUUUCUCCUCUGCACCUCUCCCUCAUUUUCCCCCUUCGGUAAUGCGUUUUUAUAGUUUAUGUGACGUAGCAAUCUUGGUUGCUGGAAAGGCUGUCAGUAUCAGUAGCAACAUUUACUACCACCCCUCCUCGCCCUGGCCUCUGGCCCUGCACCCUCUACCCUCUCUACUCUUUGAUAAGAAACAGGGUAUAUGAACAAACUUUCUAGUCGAGUUUUCAAUGUGAAUUUGUUCAUACUUUAUGGCUCCCGAGAGGAAGCAACUGCGUUUUUUUUUUAAGUUUUAGUUUUUAAAAUUGCACUUCUUGUAAUGAUCGAGAAAAAGAAAUCAAAGGCGCUUUGAAACAGGGACUCCCUGUGCAAAGUUGACUAAGUGUACGUCUUUCCGUGUGUGUGUGCUGGUGAACAGUCAGAUUUAUUUAUAUUUUUUUGCAAGCAUUGAAUAGUCUAAGUUUUAAAUAUUAUUUAUCCCCAUCCGUUCGUAUUUAUAUUAAAGAAAUUCUGUACCCUGAUUGUUCAGAAGGUUUCUUGAGCCUUUUGUUCAAUGGUAUAUUGGCAUACAUAUAAAAUUUAUUUGAAAGGGAAAUAAAAUUCCUUUAUAAAAACCGUAGCAAUGCAAUAAGAACAGAGAGGACCCAGAGUUUGAAAAUAGUGGUUUAGGUUUGUAACAUCCGGCAAAACUGAACGCUAAAAAUGCCAGAUUUGUUUUGAGAGUUUUACAUUCCUUGCUGCUCACAUUCUGAGAAACAAAACAAAAAAAAUAAAGUUUUUAUUCUGAUUAA